AUGGAUUCAAUUUGGUUGUAUUCAAUCGAAGUCGAUCAUGAAGUAGCCACUUCUACUGGUUGCUUCACCACUUUACCAAUCCGAAUCCAUCAGAGGAACGAUAUUGCAGAUCAUGCCACGAAGCAAUCGAUUCAAGAUUGGAAUGCCCACAUUGGUGAUGGAUGGGAAAAAAAGUCUGGUUCGUCCUGGAGUCCUGUCGGGAACUGGGGUGCAUUCAUUUUCCCGGAGUCGCUGCCUGAGCGCCUGGGUGUAAUCACAUAUUUGGCUAACAUGGGAAACAUUCAUGACGAUUUGUGUGAUGAACUACCCUACGAGGAAGCCCUCAAGGAGCAUAGCACCCUCAGCGCCGCGAUGGAGCUUAAUACCGAAGGCCCUCGUCCAUGCACCAAAUCCGCUGACCGUUCAAUGAAGAUGAAGAGAUAUCUCUCAAAAUGCCUUCUUGAAGCAAUGGAGAUUGACCGGCCCCGUGCUUUGCGUAUGAUUAACGCCUACCGAUCUAAGUGGCUAGAUGUUAUGGAGAGUCGAGAUGUCAAUGAAAUAGAAAGCCUAGAGGAGUACCUGAGUUUUAGAAAUUUGAAUGGUGGUAUGGAGGCUUUUUGGAGCAUGGUAGAGUAUGGCAUGGCAGUCGACAUUCACGAACUCGAGAAGCAGAGAGUUCGUCCCCUAUUCCAAGCUGCUGAGUCAGCUCUUGUUUUGACGAACGACUAUUGGAGUUGGGAACGAGAAUGGCGACAAGCACAGCAGACGCAAAACCCCAGGAUUGUAAAUGCAGUCCACCUACUGAUGAGAACCCAAGGAUUGUCCAUGGACCAAGCGAAACAUAAGGUACGCGAGCAAAUAGUGGCGUACGAGGGCAAUUUUAAGCGCCUUAAGCACGAAUUCUACUGUCAAAAUUCCAACAUACCGCUCUCUUUACAGAGAUAUGUAGAGGUCUGCGAGGCUAUCACGGCUGGCAAUCACUAUUGGUGUGCGAAUUGCCCCCGGCAUCACGCUUGGCGUGAUGAUGUAUCUCCAAUCGAUGACAAAAUCUCUCUUAACUCGGCUGAAGAAGCUCUCAUCGAUGACACAAAAUCGUCACCGAGCUUAAUGUCUCAAGGAUUCUCAUCUGUCACCGAUAUGACACUCCCUGAGGAUAUCGGCUUUUUGGCAAUAAGUGGAGAAAAUGAGCCAAAGAUUCUUAACGACAGGGCUUUACUAGCCCCGUGUGCUUACAUCCGCUCAAUGCCGUCAAAAAACUUGAGAUCUUUGAUGAUUGAGGCUCUGGAUCAAUGGUUUCUUGUCGAUGACAUCAAUCUCAAUCACAUACGAAGCAUCAUCGAUUUGCUGCACAAUUCAUCCCUCAUCCUUGAUGACAUUGAGGAUAACUCACCUCUGCGUCGAGGGCUACCUGCUACGCAUAGGGUAUUCGGACAGGCCCAGUCAAUUAACAGCGCCAACUUCAUGUUUGUGCAGGCUGUUAAGUUGACCCGGUCACUGUCAAACCCCGCUUGCCUUGACAUCCUCCUCCAGGAGCUUGCUCACCUUUUCACUGGCCAGAGCUGGGACCUGUACUGGAAAUUUCAUCUCCAAACACCUACAGAACAGGAAUACCUCGAGAUGGUUGACCAAAAGACUGGCGCGAUGUUUCGUCUUCUGGCAAAAUUGAUGUUUUGCGAGAGUUCUCUGGACACCAGUACUGAGGCAAGUCAUCUUUUGGAUAGAAUGUGCCGUCUUUUGGGCAGGUUCUUCCAGAUCAGGGACGAUUUCAUGAAUCUAAAAUCCGAUGAGUACUCGACUCAAAAGGGCUUCUGCGAGGACCUAGAUGAGGGAAAGAUGUCGUAUCCUUUAAUUCUGAGCCUACAGUAUAGCCCAGAGUACCAAGACCACAUUAUAGGGAUUUUCAGACAACAAAUCGCAAGCACAUCACUAGGGGGUGCUUCAGCUAUACCUGCACGACUGCCGAUGGAGACAAAGAGAUACAUCAUGGGGCUUCUUAAAAGCUCCAAGGCUUUGGAAUUGACAUUGAAUAAGUUGAGAGAACUUGAAGAUGCAGUUGAGAGGGCUAUUGGAGAUCUUGAGAAGGUUCUGGACAAUACAAAUCCGGUUAUGCGGGUUCUUCUUGGCAGAUUAAGUGUCAGAGAUAUUCUUUUGUAG